CCUUAUCUGGCUCUAAGCCAGCAGCCCAGCAGGUUCCUUAGCCAGGGUCCCUGCCUUCCAACUCUUAUACAUACUCAGGGAAGCUGCAGGGGCUACAUUUAUUGCUCUAAUCUAAACUGAAUGCUGUGAGCCCAGGGGAUGAGCAUUCUGCUUGUCCUGAAAACAGGCAGCUACUAUUGGCUGAAACCGGCCAGUAGAAGCUAUUGGAGGCAGGAGCAGCAUGAGAAGCCUGUGUCCCCUCCCUCUAGGCUCUCAGCAUUUGCAAGCACACACAUAGCCCUGCACCUGGCUUUCCUGAGUGCUGAGCAGGUACAGGGCAGGCAGGGAGCUGGCUGAGGCCCCACCUCAACUCCCCUGCUGGUCAGAUGAACUCCCUGCUUGCACUGGAGCUCUGAACCUCUGCAUGGGGCUCAGAAAAGGGCUGCACACUCAUGCGGGCAUGCAGCUUACAGGGAACCUUGCUCCUAACAGCAUGAAGUUUUGAGUGGAAAACCUCCUCCAAGGAAAGAAGUGCCAGAGGAAGUGGUAUUGGCUCAUAGGGGAGACUGCUCUCCACAUUGCUGUGGUGAAUAAGAAUUUCAGACUUGUGAAAGUGAUGCUCGAGAUGGGUGCAGAUGUCAACAAGCCCCGGGCCACAGGAUACGUCUUCAGGUCCAAUGGCCACAACCUCAUGUACUUUGGGGAGCAUAUCUUAUCCUUUGCAGCCUGUGCAGGAAGUGAGGCAAUCGUCCGGUUGCUCAUCAAACAUGGAGCCAACAUCAGAGCACAAGACACUUUGGGGAACACGGUUCUGCACAUCCUGGUUCUCCAGCCCAACAAGACCAUUGCCUGCCAGAUGUACAACUUCCUUCUCUCCCAUGACAAGAGCGAAAGUGAGCUGGGCGCCCUGGACUUAAUCCCUAACAAUGAGGGGCUCACUGCAUUCAAGCUAGCUGGAGUUGAGGGCAACACUGUGAUGUUCCAGCACCUUAUGCAGAAGAGAAAGCACAUCCAGUGGACCUUCGGCCCCCUGGUCUCUACCUUGUAUGAUCUCACAGAGAUUGACUCAUGGGGAGAUGACCAGUCUCUCUUGGAACUCAUUGUUACCACCAAGAAAAGAGAGGCCCGUCGGAUUCUGGAUCUGACCCCUGUGAAUGAACUGGUGAGCCUGAAGUGGAAUAAAUAUGGACGUCCCUAUUUCUGUAUCCUGGCCUUUUUCUAUGUGCUCUACAUGAUUUGCUUCACCAUGUGCUGUGUCUACCGACCUCUGAAACAUCGACAGAGCAACAAAACACACGAAAGGGACAACACUAUCUACAUCCAGAAACAGCUGCAGGAAUCUUAUGUUACUCCUGAGGACAAUCUGAGGCUGGUAGGGGAGCUGAUCACAGUGAUAGGAGCCAUGGUAAUAUUGAUCCUUGAGAUUCCAGAUAUCUUCAGAGUUGGCAUCACCAAGUACUUUGGACAAACCAUCCUAGGAGGGCCAUUCCACGUCAUCAUCAUCACCUAUGCCUGUAUGAUCCUGGUGACCAUGGUGAUGCGUCUUACCAGCACCACUGGAGAGGUGGUCCCCAUGUCCUUUGCCCUGGUGCUGGGCUGGUGCAACGUCAUGUACUUCGCACGAGGCUUUCAGAUGCUGGGACCCUUCACCAUCAUGAUACAGAAGAUGAUAUUUGGAGAUCUUAUGCGCUUUUGCUGGCUCAUGGCAGUGGUGAUACUUGGCUUUGCAUCAGCAUUUUACGUCAUCUUCCAGACUGAAAACCCUGAUGAACUGGGCCACUUCUAUAACUACCCCAUGGCUCUCUUCAGCACUUUCGAACUCUUCCUCACCAUCAUUGAUGGGCCUGCCAAUUACGAAGUGGACCUGCCCUUCAUGUACGGCAUCACCUACUCCGCCUUUGCCGUCAUCGCCACCCUGCUCAUGCUCAACCUGCUCAUUGCCAUGAUGGGCGACACUCACUGGCGCGUGGCCCAUGAGCGGGACGAGCUUUGGAGAGCGCAGAUUGUUGCCACUACUGUCAUGCUGGAACGGAAACUCCCACAAUGCCUCUGGCCUCGCUCUGGGAUCUGUGGGAAGGAGUAUGGCUUGGGGGACAGCUGGUACCUCAGGGUGGAAAGCCGAUGCGAAGGCAGGCAGCAUAAGAUGCACCGCUACAUGGAAGUACUUAAAUCCCAGAACACAGAAGACUUUGACAAGUACUCACAGAACAAACAGGAGCUGGAAGACAAGGACAUGGUGGCUCCAUACAGGAAGAAGACCCCUUGCAGCACUCCAGCUGUGUCGCCAAGCUUGUCCCGGAGGAGUUCCAACCGAGGCUGGGAGAUCCUGAGGCACAGCACCAUAGGCCAGCUGCGGCACCCUGCCAAUCUUGCCAUGGAGGAGGAGGAGGCGGAAGAGGUCUACCAUGUCUGAGUGUCCGCUCUUUACAGUGAGCGAUCCCUCUCUCGUGUUGUGGCAAAGGCCACAUUCUGGCAUGGACAUCUUGCAAUAGUAAAUGUCCUAUCGCCUGCAAUUCCCUGUGGCUCACUCCACAGCAGCUCUUUGUUGGGCUAAAUGGAGUGCCCAGUGUGUGAGAGGAGGUGAGAGUGGUCCCCUAUCACAUGAAUGUAAACACACAUAAGGAAAAAAAUUCCUCUUGCACGAUAGUGCAUGUUCCCACCAGUCUGGUGGAGGCCGUUGGGAUUUGAACUGGAUCACUAACUUCUUCCCCAUCAACCCAGAGCAUUCAAGAGGGAAAAUGUCUGAUGUGCUGCACAUAUGGUGGCACUGCUAAAAUGUAUAUUCUAGUGCAAAUGUGCACCCGUGUCCUGCAGAGGCAGCGUCAGACGAGUCUACAGCCAUGGCAGCAGUAGAAACUGAAGAACAUCUCCUUAUGGUGAUGCUUGUGUUUUUGGCACUGAAGGUUCAUUCUUGGAGGGUGUAGACUUGACUGGCAAGCUUAGUGUGUGUAAACAUGGAUUGUGUUGUCGUUUGGAUUCUCGGCGACCCUUUGAGAGCAACACAGGGAUUUUCUAGGCAUGGACUUGCUAACUGGUUACAAUGCUGAUGCUUUUUUAUCCUCACUGUCUUUGAGCUGGGGAAGAGGGGUGGAGGCAAGAAAUUCACAGGAGCACAAAGAGCCCCUGGAUUAUUUUAUUUAGUUCUAUUUACAUUUGAAUCAGGGCUUUUCUCUCCCACCCUCUCGAAGAUAAAUUAAUAUUUUACUACUUCUGUGCAUGGAAGGUCUGAACUGUGAAUUUUACUUGAAGUAAUGUAGCCCUCUCCCUGUAAAAGAAUUCUCCCACAGCUUAUUUCUGAGUCCAACUCUGAGUCUGUUGCUUACCUUUAAAGAAAUGGCUCCUGUCCCACUCUCAGCCAUGCAGGGUUAAUAUCUGCAACAGCACUGCCUUUCACACCCCGCCCCCAGGCCUGAGAGUUGGGGAGUGGUUUGCUAUGGACUGGUAGGCUAUGCUGCAGAGGGGUAUGGGUGAGUCAGGACAUCUCAUCCUGCAGAAGCACCAGAGAAAACUUGUUAGUGCAAGGCCCUUGGGGCGUUCUGCCCACUUGUGCCCCAGGGCUUUUCUAAAGCCCAGAAAUCUGAGCUCAGCUUCACCCUAACAUAGAUCUACACAGGGGCAUACACCUACCUUCUCUUUGCUCCCCUUACCCAGGAUGAAGAUGUGCCAGUGGGCAGGUAUUUAGCUAUCAGCAGGGGACACAAACCUGUCUCCUCUAGACUUCAUCAUGCUGAAGUGACUGUUUUCCUUUCAGAUAAAGCACUUUAUGGUGAAUCCCAAAGUAUGUGUUCCCUGGGAGCUCUCCAUCCUGUUUAAAGAUUAGAGCUGUGAUUGGUUGGGACUGUUUACUCCUCUGGUUGUGGGCCAUGACUGAUUGAUCUCAGUUGGUCCCUUCAUGUUGGUGGUUUAUGAAUGGUGCUAUAGAUGGAUGUAGAUCCAUGGUGAUCAAGUGACCUGCUUGGAGUUCCAUUUCCACCCAAUAAAAUCCUCUGCACAAGCCUCGUCUCUGGUCUGUAUUUAUUUCAUUUGCUCCUUUGCUUCUGGGGAACAGAUGGAGUCAGCAAAGGAAGAACCUUUGCUCAAGAGCUAAGAGCGCAAGGUCACUGUCACCUUCCCCGAUGCCAGCAAUGGGGUGGAAAGGAAAUCAGAAGCCCCUGUUCCUCUGGGAUGUUAACUGGUAUGGAGCCAGAGCCCAGGUCUCUCCUUCCCAACAGGGUCUGGGAUGGAACCAGAACCAUCUGUCAGCAGCAACCAGAAAGCUCUGCUCCCCUCCCUUCCUCUCUGAUCCCUAGGACCAGAAUUCUCUGCUCCUCUCAAGGAUGGCAAGAGCACAAGAGGGUGGAUUCAGGAAUCUCUGCUCAGCCACCCACUCCCAACUCGGGAAAUGGAGCAGUGGGGAUCCAAGAAUUGGCUGUGUCCCUUCCCAGCACCAAGCAGAAGGGGAUCUGUUCCCCUCCUGCCCCUGUGACCCUGGUGCAGACUCAAGGACCCACAGUUUCUGCCUGCCACCAAGUGGUGUGCAGCUCUGAGCUCAGUUACCCUCCCUUGCAGCCCUGCCUUGGAACAGGACAGCACAGCAGUAACCGGGUCACUCACCCCAUCU